GGGGAGCGCAGCGCAGAUCAGCGCCGCAGGAGAGCCUGUCGAAAGGGCAGCCAACCAUGCCCGCCCGGGCGGGGGAGCACGAUGCGCGCGCGCGGCGCGCCUACAAUGGCAGCAGCCCCUCGGUCAUAAGAAAGCAGGCGCGGCAGAAUGUCUAUCAAAGUAUAGAGAGGGACGCUGCGCGCGCCGCGCGGCGAUAUAGAAGAAAGGUCGGCGCCUCGGGCUCGCCUGUCUUAGCUUCCUCCCAAUCCGCCGCGGCCUUAGCUGGGUUGCGACGGCUGGAGGCGCUCCGACGACUCACCGAGGCGGACCCAACCCCUCGGAACUCAGAGCUCAAGCACGACGAGGACGCCUUAUUAGCGACGCGGCAGUUGCUACGGUACGCGCCGGAGCCUCGACAACAAGCCCCAAAGGUCCUCGAGCGCCCGGCGCGUGGCGCGCGCUUCGAGGCCUUUGAGCAGAAAACGAAGCAGCUGCACGGCCGGCCGCGCUACUCGGUCUACGACGACCCUCCCUCGCGACACCAACGGCGGCCGUCGCGCGGCACGCCGGGGUCAGGGCGGCGCGUGACCGUCGUGGCCGCGCCGCACAGCGGUGCGGGCAAGCGACGGACGCCGUCGAAGCGGAGUAGGACGCCGCGCUCGCGCCAGGGCUCGCGGGGCUCGCGGCCGUCGACGGCGACGGUGCCCGAGGAUGCGGAGCUGCCGCCCCAGCAGUGGCCCUUCGCCGUUUUUUACCCGCGUCCUGAUCAGACGCCAUCGAUGGGAGAGUAAGCGCAUCGGCCACGUAGAUGCGGACGAUCGGCGAUGGGAGAGUAUCAACAGAAGCGCGUCGGCCACGUAGCAGGCGCCGCACACCGUCGACGCCAUCGAGCGGACGCCGUAGAUCACAUUUAUACAACGCAGGAGAACUCCGCGUCGAUCAUGGAUAGGGAGGACGUCGACCCCGAGGACAAAGGGCGCUCUCUACUCAGUAGAGCCGGUAGCAUCACGCGCGCGGAGCGACGAGCGGCAAGGGGAGAAGCCCCACCUCCAGAGGUCCAGAGACAAUUGCAAGCACCGGGCGCGUCGGUCGCACGCCUAGAAAGGAAGAUCUUCGUGAUUGGGUCGGAACGGUGCCCGUCGGUGCAGGGGUGGCGGCGCGGCCCUCCAGAGAACUACCUCAAGAAAUGUGAUCAAUAUCAUUUGGUGCCGGAGCCGAAGAUGAUGCAGUUGAUUCAGUCCCUACACAAGGCGAAGCGACCGGAGCUCGACCUGAAAGACCAGAGGAUUGGGGACGACCACGCUUGUGCGGUGAUGGACUCGAUGGCGUGUAGUGAUCCCAUUCAUGUGAUCGUCAAGAACUGCCGGUUGAAGGCGAAAGGUGUCAAAGCGGUUUGUGACGCUCUCGUGGCGCACUGCACUCGGUUAGAAGAACUUGAUAUGUCUGAUAACCAGUGUCGACGGCCAAAAGCCGCGAAAGCAGUAGCAGCAUUGCUAGACUGCAAGGGCUGCGACUCGCUCGAGAAAUUAUCCUUGUCGCACUGUGGGUUAGCCUCCGCACCGGCACUGACCAUAACGUCCGAGUGGGCCCAUCGCGUCGAGGGACGAAGGGCGAUGCGGAAUCUCGUGGAAUUGCAUUUGGCCAAGAACGACCUAGGCGUCGCCGCGGAGACGUUGGGCGGUCUCCUCGGGCCAUAUGGCGCCUUCCCCAUGCUGCGUUUGCUAGAUCUGGCGUGGACGGGAUUACACGGCGCGGGCGCGGCGGCCGUCGCGCGAGGGUUACUCCAAUCAAGAAUCCAGCGCUGCGACCUGUCCUGGAACUGCGUGCGCGGUAAUGACCCUCCCCUGGAGGAUGACUGCAUUGCAUUACUGUCUCAAUCAUUGGGCGAAGCUCCAAAGCUCUGGCACGUGAACCUAAGUUUCAACGGCAUGUCCAAGGUUGAUCUGCGAAGACUAGAGAGUGGUGCUAGAGCAUCGAGAACCUUGGCCGGUCUGCACUUGGGCGGCAAUAAAGUCAAAGACGUCCUCGACGAGCGCUUGUCAUACGUCAACGCCAAAAGACGAAGGGAGGCCAUGUUCGCCGGCGAGAACAACCUCGCGGAGCAACUCCAAGCUGCUGGAAGGCAGGGCAAGCUGCUGGAGCGGGGUCGCGACCAUUUGAACAUGGCCGAUGAUAGAGACAGCAAGGAGUCCAAUAGCUUAGGAGACGCCAUCACCGUCGAGACGGCUCCAUCACCUUUCUUGGUCAACAACGACGACGAGGUAGACGACGACCAGUACCUCUAUACGCGUAUCAUAGGGACCAAAGACGUCCCGCAAUCCCUAGAGUGGCAACGUAGUAAACAUUGCUGGAUCUGUGAGAGGUGGCACGAGAUUAGAUUUGCGUGGACGCCCGGUAGGUCCGAUUCCGACGUGCAGCCUGCGUCGAGGAAACUUGUGCAGAGGUCCGAUGUGAAAGUAGCAUGUAGAUGUGCUUUUGACGACUGGAAACCGCACGUCUGUGAAAAAAUAAAAAAAUCACAUCAGGUCUGGCUGCUCGUGCCGCCGGGCGAUCGGCAGUACACCUUCGAGCUGUCCGCUGGUUCUUCUACUGUUACCGAGGCCGCCUCCGAUGCUGGGCGAGAAGUACUACAUAAGAAAAAUCUAGAAGCCGCAUUGUGGGCCGGAGCCUUCGAUAACAAGGACGAGGACGAAGGUUUGAUUACGAAUGUGCAUACCGUCCCGCCCGGCGACUGGGACGACGUCCAGUUCGUGCCUAUUCCCGAGAAACAAGCGGUCGUAGUAAAACAAAAACCGAAGGAAGCCUGGACCUGGCAGAAGUCGUUGUUUGCCCCGGCGUAUGAAGGCGCCUACGAGCACCCCUUCGAGAAGGACUGGGAACUGGCGCACUGCGACAAGCUGGUCAACGACGAUGGCUCGACGAAAGCACUCAUGAAGGCGAACUACGGGGAAUUUCUGUCGGUCUACAAGUUAUUUUGUUCGAACAACAAGGCGAUCUUCACGCUGGGGUGGAACGACUUCACGGACUUCACCGUAUCGGCAGACCUCGAGGUGAAACGCAAGGCGGACGCGGACAUGGUCUUCUUCGGCUGCUGCACGACGGGCCCGAAGAACCCGCACCUGAAUCCGAAGAAAAGUCUGUGUCGGUUCCAGUUCCUCGAUGCGUGCAUGAAGCUCGCUCUCAUUAAAUGGUUUAGGACGAAGGAGGUAGCUACGCCGUUAGAAGCGGCUCAAAAGUUAGUUGAGAGGGUAGCUCCAUUAGUACCGACAAGGGAGGAGCAAGAAGACUUCCAUUCCAGAGUGUGGCGCGAAGACGUCGAGGACGCCAUCAAGCAUGACAUGGACAAUUUGAAAAGAGCCUUCAAGACGCAUAGCGGGCGGGAAGAUGCCUUGUCGAAGCACAAGAUGUGUUCCUUCGGCGAGUGGCAGGACAUGUGCGAGUCGCUGCAUUUCGUGGACCCUACCGUCGGGUUUACCGAAAGGGAUGUCAACCUUUGUUUCUUGCGGGCUACUCGUACACCAGAUGACGAGCUCCAUGAUGAACACGCGCCGCACCGCAAAUUGGACUGGGUGCACUGGAUUGAAGCGUUGAUGCGCGUCGGCGACCGGUUCUCGGAGAGCGAGAACGUGGACAUGGAGCCGUACGAGGCGUGCAUCCAACUCUUUGAGAGGGUGGCUUAUGAAUAUCCUUCUGGUGCUGAGAAGCGACGACGGGCUAAAUUAGCUGCGGAAUUGGAUAGAAAGCAAAAAGAAGAAAAGGCCGCGGAAGCGCGGCGGCCGUCCGUCGAGGAGGACAUGAAGAAGCCGCCGAAGCUGUCCGCGAUCUUGAAAGGGGCGCGGGGGCUCGGGGCGUUCAAGAAGAAGGCCUAAUAAUUAGUAGUGUGAUC